AACAAAAGCACCCCCCUCCCUCAUUCAAAAAUGUCCAAGUUGAUGGAAGAGCUCUCUUCAUCAGACCUGCUGAGACUCAUGAAGACCGUCUCGCCCGCUCUGAAUCCGUUCUCAUUCCUCUUGGAUGCCAUCAACAGAUUAGACUCAGCCUUGAGCACACCACAAUACUGGAAGUUGGUCGUCGUCAACCUGGUGAUCCACAUGCUUCUUGCACUUCAAGCGGCCAUCGCCUUGGCCUGGAAGUUCUCCCGCAACAAACGCGUCGACGGCCAGAGCGCCGCAAGAUGCUGGUUUUGGCGCCAGCGAUACGUCUUCGCUUCGCAACAACGUCCAUACUGCGAACCCAACGGCAACCAGAUUUUGGAGCUCUGUCAGCUGAUCGGAUGCACUUGUUUGGAAGUCUACUAUGUCUGCCUCUACCGUAUGACCAAAAAUCUCGCACUUUCUUAUUCAAACUUCGGCUCCGCCGCCUUUUGGUUUACGUUGAGUCAUUUACCAGGUAUCAUGGGCUUCUGGUUUGCCUCCUGGAGUGCCCUUUAUCUAGUUUUACUUUGUCCUCAGAGAUCCGAAGUGAACCCAACAAGCAAAAAGAACCCGGGCUGGGAUCCAAUUCUGAUGAACGUACUCUGCAUCGGCGUGGCGAUCCUUACUAGUCAUAAUCUCAGCGUAUUGGGCAUAAUCCUAAAGCAUCCAAAACCACGACUUGGCGACCAAUCUCAGAUUCCUGAGGGAUCACUCUUCGCCCAAUUGGCCACCAUGUGGACCCCAGAAGUACCGCAAAUCGACCCGCAAACCAUCCAGCUUUUUGCCAAGCCUCUGGACAUCAAAAUCCAGACCACCCGACGACUCAUACGCAGUUACCAAGUCAUUGCUUUCAGUUGGGCUAUCAUGUCUAUGCUGAUGUUGAUUUUUUACAGUGUGACGAUGGCGGCGAUCUGGAGAAUCCUGCACAACCCCCAUCAAAGUAGCCCGCCCCCCCGAAGGCCGUUGAUGAUCAAGCUGAGAAGGAGUUCGAGAACCACGAAGCCAAGCAGACCAUCGACUCGACCACGGCUGAGCAUGGCCUCACACCUCUUCCUAAACCGGCCUGCUCGUCCCCUCCUCUGUCGGAUAUCCCCACUAAAGAAAUCAAUCCCGGACUGGCCUGUCAACUGAGAAGAAAUUUUUAUUUCUUGAGUGUCAGUUGCACACUCAUGGCGACCUGUUUAGUUUGCAACAUUUUUUUUGGGUUGCUCUUGGGGAUCAAGAUCCAGGAAGGUAUCGAGUAAGUUUUCAAAGACUUGACAUCCCAUCUGGCCGAUGUCCG